CAAAGCUCUAUUUCAAAUAGUUAUGGUAGUUCCACCAAACAUACGUCGUCCGUUUAUUCUUCUUUUUGUACUUGCAACAGUGCCUUGCUUCUCGCUGAAGCUCUGUCUCGGCGAAGACAGGAUCACGUUGUCAACUCCUAUCUAAGACUCGGAGACGCUUCUCAGCAAAAGUGGUGUAUUCAGGUUCGGUUUCUUCACUCCUGUAAACUCCACUGGUCAUUUACGUUAUGUUGGGAUCUGGUACGAUAAGAUCCCUAUUCAAACUGUAGUUUGGGUUGCUAACAAAGACACUCCCAUCAACAACACUUCCGGUGUUGUUUCAAUCUCUGAAGACGGGAAUCUUGUGGUUAAGGAUGGUCUACACCACCUUCUGUGGUCGACGAACGUCACAGUCUGGGUGGCUCCAAAUGCUACAUGGGUUCAGCUAAUGGAUAAUGGGAAUCUUAGGUUACAAGACAACAGAAACAACGGUGAGAUUCUGUGGGAGAGCUUCAAGCAUCCUUAUAAGUACUCUUUCUUGCAAAGAAUGACUCUUGGAACCAGCAACACAACCGGAGAGAAUCUAAAGCUUACCUCAUGGAGAAGCUACGUAGAUCCUUCAACAGGGAACUACACAGCUGGUCUUGCUUCUUUCUCGUUUCCUGAGCUAACCUUUCCUGAGCUUCUCAUCUGGAAGAACAGUGUCCCAAUCUGGCGUAGCGGACAGUGGAACGGUCAGGUUUUCAUCGGUUUACCGGAUGUGGACUCUCUUCUGUUUCUUGAUGGGUUUAACCUCAUCAAUGAUAACCAAGGAACGUUUUCGAUGUCAUUUGCUAAUGAUUCUUUCAUGUACCACUUUAACUUGGAUCCUGAUGGAUAUAUAUAUCAGAGAGAUUGGGGUGCUAGAGGUUGGAGGAUUGGUGUGAGGUUCCCAUCCACGGAUUGUGAUGCAUUUGGUAGAUGCGGUCCAUACGGGAUCUGCAACUCUAGAGAAGAUCCAGCUUGUAAAUGUGUAAAAGGUUUUGUGCCGAGGAACAACACAGAGUGGAAUGCAAGGAAUUGGAGUAACGGAUGUGUGAGAAAAGCUCUGUUGCGGUGCGAGAGGCAGAGGGAUGUAAGUAGUAAUGGUGGUGGUGGUGGAAAGGGAGAUGGGUUUUUGAAACUGCAGAAGAUGAAAGUGCCAAUCAAUGCGGAGCAGUCUCUAGCUAAUGUGCAAGCUUGUCCUAAGCAGUGUUCAGAUAACUGUUCUUGCACGGCUUAUGCUUAUGAUCGAGGAAUCGGAUGCAUGCUUUGGAGUGGUGAUUUGGUUGAUAUGCAAUCAUUUUUGGGGAGUGGGAUUGAUCUUUAUAUUCGAGUUGCUCAUUCCGAACUUAAAACCCAUAGCAACCGAGUACUUAUGAUCACAGCACCUCUGCUAGGCGUUGUGUUUGUUGCUGCGGUCUGCGGUCUUUUUGCAUGCCGGAAGUUCAAAAAGCGUCCAGCACCAGAGAAAGAUACAAGUGCAGAGCUAAUGUAUAAAAGAAUGGAAGAACUUACAAGUGGCAAUGAGUCUGCUUCUAACCAAGUCAAGCUCAAAGAUCUUCCUCUUUUUGAGUUUAAAGUGUUAGCUGCGGCAACCGAUAACUUCUCUCCCGGAAACAAACUCGGGCAAGGUGGAUUUGGUCCUGUUUACAAGGGAGUAUUGCCAGAAGGGCACGAAAUUGCAGUGAAGAGGCUCUCACGGGCAUCAGGACAAGGACUUGAGGAACUUUUGAACGAAGUGGUGGUGAUUUCGAAAUUGCAACAUCGGAAUCUGGUGAAGUUACUGGGAUGUUGCCUUGAAGGUGAAGAAAGGUUGUUAGUAUAUGAAUACAUGCCAAAGAAAAGCUUGGAUGCCUAUCUAUUUGACCCACUGAAGCAAAAGAUACUCGAUUGGAAGAUUCGGUUCAACAUAAUGGAAGGGAUCUGCAGAGGUCUUUUGUACCUUCACAGAGAUUCAAGGCUAAAGAUCAUACACAGAGAUCUAAAAGCUAGCAACAUUUUGUUAGAUGACCAUCUGAAUCCCAAGAUAUCUGAUUUCGGUCUUGCAAGAGUUUUCCGAACAAAUGAAGAUGAAGCUAACACAAGAAGGGUGGUUGGAACAUACGGCUAUAUGUCACCGGAAUAUGCAAUGGAAGGUUUCUUUUCAGAAAAGUCGGACGUUUUCAGCUUGGGGGUUAUAUUUCUAGAGAUCAUAAGUGGGACAAGAAACUCUCACAAGGAAGAAAAUGACCUAAACCUUUUAGCUUAUGCUUGGAAGCUAUGGAAUGACGGUGAGGCUGCUUCUUUAGCCAAUCCAAUCGUCUUUGAUGAGUGUUUUGAGAAAGAGAUUAGAAAAUGUGUUCAGAUUGGACUGUUAUGUGUGCAAGAAGUUGCAAACGAUAGACCAAAUGUUUCGACAGUGAUUUGGAUGCUAACUACCGAGAACACAAACCUCCCUGAGCCAAAGCAGCCUGCGUUUAUAGCAAGAAGUGGAUUUUCAAUCGCUGAAUCUUCUGACCUGAGCAGUCAAAAGGUCUCUAUCAACGAUGUGAGCCUCACAGCUGUAACCGGACGUUAAGCCAGACAGCUAAUCUGUAUGUUUAAUAAUACAUAGAUAUAUGUUUUAAGAACCUUCUAUGUUUGCGAAGUUUUGAUAUUCUGUGUAUGUUUAAUGGUUAGAGUGAAGCUAAAAAGAUGUACUUGAGAGAAGUAAAGUUCUGAUUUACUAAUCACAGAUUUGGUACUA